AGUGGACUGACAUGACGAUGCUGGCUGUGCUUGCUUUACUACUGAUGCUCGGACUGAGCCGAAGCACAGUUAAUAAGAAGAUAGAGAUAAAGACCGUUCGUGUUGGAGAUGAUGUGAAACUGACGUGUCCUCGUGAGAGCUCUACUCCGAGUCCAGUACAGUUAUUUUGGUUCAGGCAGGUUUCUGGAGACUUGCCUGAAUUUUUGGGUGGAGCAUACAGCUUUGACUCUGAUAUAGUUAACAAAACUCCUCAUACCACCUUAAAACAAGAGCCUGGAACAUUUGUCCUGAUUAUCAAUCAAACCCAGCUCAGUGACACUGGACUUUACUUUUGUGUGAAAGGAGAUGUACUUUACAUGACCCUUUUAAAAGGAGUAUUUCUGAGAACUGAAGGACCAGAGUCUGAUAUCACCACCAUCAUUGAAGACCUUUCACCUGAUCCGGACCAUCCAGACUUGAUGACUCUGCAGUGUUCAGUCCUCUCUGACUCUGAAACUAAAACCUGUCCAGGGAAUCACAAUGUGUUCUGGUUCAGAUCUGGAUCAGAUGAAGCUCAUCCCAGUGUCAUUUACACUCAUGGAAACAGACGUGAUGAGUGUGAGGAGAGUCCUGAGACUCAGUCUCCACAGAAAUGUGUCUACAGCUUUUCUAAGACCGUCAGCUCUUCUGAUGCCGAGACUUAUUACUGUGCUGUGGCCACAUGUGGACAGAUGUUAUUUGGACAUGGAACAGAGAUCACCACAAAAGGAGACAAGACAGCUCUGUUUAUGGUUUCAAGUGCUUUAGCUUUAAGUCUGAUUUUAAAUGCCGUCCUGAUUUAUAGCAUCAAGACAAAAUCUUCUGUGUUUGGCAAAGCGGCUGAUGCUCUGACAACAAAUGCUGCAGCAGCUAGUGCCGCUCAGCAAGGCCAGCAGGGAGCUGAAGCCUCAUUGAUUUAUUGUGCACCGGCCUUUUCCAAGAAGAGAACUGGAAAAAGAGAGAGAAGAAAUGUGAAGGCAGCAGAGGAAGAGACCGUUUACUCUGGUAUCAGAGCUGCUGUAACAGCGUAGCAAUAUGCACAGUGGAUUUGGUAAUAAAAAGCUAUUCAAUUACAUGAAUUCAAUAUAAAUAUUGAAAUGUUCAUGUUCAAUGGGGGGGGGGGGGGUACCACAGCUUUAUAGU